AUAUCACAUUGUUACGUUAAAUGAUAUAUCACAUUUGUUCACAUGGAAAAAAAUUUAGCAGUGCAGUUCAAGGCGAUACGUCUCUGGACGGGUCAGCAGUUUGAUAACCUCCUCGCAACGAUUCUUCGGCCCGCAUUCAGACGCGAUUCGCCCUACUGCGACUCCGUUUGUCUAUAAAGGGAACCGCCGAUUAUAAUGGAAACAGUCCGGCAGCGAACUCCGUCGAUGAUGUCCAUAUAGCAUUACGGAGACACUUAAAUUAGUGCGUAACUAUCGCUUGUGGUGCCAAAAUACACAGAACAGAACGCGGAUAAAUCCAAUAGACUGUUUAAUUCAAAGACUCCCUCCAUUUGUUGUGCGCAUGCGUCACAGCUGCACUGCAAUUGGUUAAACGGGAACAUUUACCGAGAAAGUAAAAAAAACAUGAGUGCAAAGGACAGUGAUCGUGGCGAUCGUGCCAGUCGAUCUUCGUGCAACAGCAAGGCAACCAUGAUUGUUGUCUCUAACCGGCUACCGUUCAUUCUAAAGAGAGAUGAGAACGGAGUAUUACAGAGAAAGGCCAGUGCCGGUGGCCUAGUGACCGCAGUUGCGCCGGUUGUGAUUCGCGGCCAGGGUAACUGGGUAGGAUGGCCGGGCAUCCACCUCGAAGACCCCAACGAAAAGAUCCCUGAAUCGGAUCCUAAUGACAAGACCCCCACCGCUGGCCUGCGUUCGGAGAAAAUAGUCCCCAUUCGCGCGGAACCUAAACUCUUCGACAGCUACUACAAUGGAUGCUGUAACGGGACAUUCUGGCCAUUGUUUCAUUCGAUGCCAGACCGUGCCACUUUCAUUGCUGACCACUGGAAGGCAUAUAUCAAGAUAAACGAGGAGUUUGCUGAGAAGACAGUCCACGCUCUCCAUCUGCUGAACAAACAAAAGAAAGACAAAAAUGGAAGUCCACCGAUCGUGUGGGUUCACGACUACCAUCUGAUGUUGGCGGCUAAUUGGAUACGACAGAGAGCUGAAGAAGAUGAGAUUAAAUGCAAGCUAGCAUUCUUUCUGCACAUACCGUUUCCACCGUGGGAUAUUUUUAGACUGUUCCCGUGGUCUGAUGAAGUUUUGCAGGGAAUUUUGGGUUGUGAUAUGGUGGGAUUCCACAUAGAGGAUUACUGUUUGAAUUUCAUUGACUGCUGCCAAAGAAACUUGGGUUGCCGUGUCGAUAGAAAAAAUCUUCUGGUCGAACUGGGAGAUCGCACCAUCUGCGUGAGACCGCUACCGAUCGGAGUGCCAUACGAGAGAUUCGUACAGCUGGCCCAAAACGCUAAGCCCGUGUUCUCUACAAGCCAAAAAGUGAUAUUAGGUGUUGAUAGACUGGAUUAUACCAAAGGAUUAGUGCAUAGGUUGAAAGCUUUCGAGAGAUUACUCGAGAAACACCCGGAGCAUAUCGAAAAGGUUGUUCUGCUCCAGAUCUCGGUGCCCUCUAGGACAGAUGUGAAGGAAUACCAAGAUCUGAAGGAGGAGAUGGAUCAGCUCGUUGGCAGGAUCAAUGGUCGAUUUACAACGCCCAAUUGGUCGCCGAUAAGAUAUAUUUACGGCUGCGUUGGUCAAGAUGAGUUAGCGGCGUUUUAUCGCGAUGCUGCUGUGGCACUUGUAACUCCAUUAAGAGACGGCAUGAACCUGGUCGCGAAAGAGUUUGUGGCUUGUCAGAUCAAUAAGCCUCCUGGAGUAUUAAUAGUGUCGCCAUUUGCUGGAGCAGGAGAAAUGAUGCACGAGGCUCUUAUAUGCAAUCCUUAUGAGCUCGACGAUGCGGCCGAAGUCAUUCAUAGAGCCUUAAUAAUGCCAGAGGAUGAACGGACAGUCCGCAUGAACCACCUCAGGCGGAGGGAGCAGUUGAACGACGUGGACAGCUGGAUGAAGGCGUUCCUCAAAGCGAUGGACUCUCUGGAGGAAGAGGCCGACGACCUUGGAGCCACUACCAUGCAACCAGUCACUAUUGACGAUUUCGAUGAAUAUUUAUCCAAGUACAUCGGGUACACACAGAAGCUAGCCCUGCUGUUGGACUACGACGGUACCUUGGCCCCGAUCGCGCCCCACCCGGACCUCGCCACGCUGCCUCUCGAGACCAAACACACCCUGCAGAGGCUCUCCAACAUGUCCGAUGUGUACAUAGCCAUCAUAUCGGGGAGGAACGUGGACAACGUCAAGCAAAUGGUCGGUAUCGAAGGCAUCACGUAUGCGGGUAACCACGGUCUGGAGAUCUUACAUCCUGACGGCAGCAAGUUUGUCCAUCCAAUGCCGAUGGAGCUGCAAGACAAGGUCGUUGACCUGCUCAAAUCACUGCAGGAGCAGGUAUGCAAAGACGGAGCUUGGGUUGAGAACAAAGGAGCGUUGCUAACGUUCCACUACCGCGAGACUCCCGUGCCGAAGCGGGCCGCGCUGGCCGAGCAGGCCCGCAAGCUCAUCACGGCCUCGGGCUUCACCCCGGCGCCGGCGCACUGCGCGCUGGAGGCGCGGCCCCCGGUGCAAUGGGACAAAGGACGAGCUUCGAUCUACAUCUUGAGGACAGCAUUCGGUUUGGACUGGAGCGAAAGGAUCAGGAUCAUAUACGCCGGUGACGACAACACCGACGAAGACGCUAUGCUGGCUUUAAAAGGUAUGGCUGCCACCUUCCGCAUCGUAUCAUCGAACAUCAUAAAAACGUCGGCAGAACGACGUUUGUCCUCCACCGACUCUGUACUGGCGAUGCUGAAGUGGGUCGAACGCCACUUCUCGAGACGCAAGCCCAGAGCGAAUUCACUAACGUACAAGAACGCCAGGAAGGCCAGGGAUACAAUACAGAUGCAUAUGUCAUAUCAAAUGCCUUCGAAGACAUCGCCCAGACACUCUCCCCCACAUACUCCGGACAAAGGCUCAAGCGGCUCGGACUCGAGCUAAGAACUAAGCAACAAUUCCAACUUAUUCAAUUAAAACGCCCCAUGGUUUUUUUUACACUCAAAUUUUACUGGUUGUAGGACGUCUGGUGAGUCCGCACGGGUAGGUACCACCGCCCUGCAUAUUUCUGCCGUGAAGCAGUAAUGCGUUUCGGUUUAAAGGGCGGGGCAGCCGGUGUGACUAUACUGAGACCUUAGAUGACGCAUUUACGUUGUAGAUGUCUAUGAGCUCCAGUAACCACAUAACACCAGGUGGGCUGUGAGCUCGUCCACCCAUCAAAGCAAUUAACAAAAAUUAGAUCAUUCGUCCCUUUCUAACACGUUCUGUUAGUCAAUAAGUGACCAAGACAAAAUCAUGGCGUUUUAUCUACGAUGGGUUGUAGAUUUUAGACCAAAACGACAGAUUAAACUUUUCGUAUAUAAUAUUUUAAUAUAGAAAAUAUUAAAGUUUUAUUAAACACCAGACGAAUUGAUAGUUGAACGGUGUUACCAGAAAAAAAAAAUACUCAAGUUUUUUUUUUUUUAAUUAUUUACUAUAGUAUGUGUACUAAAAGCCGUUCGUAAACAUGUUACAUCAUUUUAAUAUAUCUAUUUGUUCAUACAAAAUCAUUCCAGUAUGUACUAAAAAAAUAUAUAUUUAAAGAUCUAACUGUAAUCAAAUUUAACGUAGUGAGUAAUAAUAUAUUGAAAUAGUUCCUAAUAAAAAGAGGUCAUAUCAAAAAUAUUUUGACUGUUUCUUCCAUUAAAUUUCACGUAAGAAUACAUUCCUGACUGCUUUUAUUGAUGUAGACAAUAUUCGAAAAAUGUAAAGUUUUUAAUGUCGCUGUGUCAUGAUGUUGUAAAAUGUAUAUUAAUUAAACUGUGUUAUUUAUGUGAUAGCGUAAUGAUGUAUAACUUAUAAGUAUGCAUUGCGAUUUUUAAAAUAUUCGAUGUAAUAGUGCAUUCAAAUCUAGCAAUUAUGAAGUUAGAUGCUUUUGCACAAGUUUUGACUAGCGUUCAUAUUGUCUCUGCGUGUUCUGGAGUCGAAAUAAUCUGUGGAACGCGGAUAUAUUCAACAUAAAAAAAAGCGCGCAAGAUAAGUCUGCGCGCGACUGGUGGCGUGCAUAAUGUUGCCAGCUUGACUAAUAUUUAUUCCUUCAUUUAGUGAAGUGAUGUCUAAUUUUAUAAACCAAAAUAAUUGAAAUUUAUCAGCAAAAUAACUGUAUUUUAUAUUAGUUAUAUAUAGUUAUAUAAUUAAUAUAUAAUAUAUAGUUAGUAGAUAUUAGUGCAUCAACUGUGAUGCACUAAGUUAUUUCGAUUAGGAUAUAAUAUAAAAAAGGAAAUUAAAAAGCAAUAAGAAACUUGUAAGUCGUUUCUUUAAUAUCUUGUAGUAUUUUUAAAUUUGACAGGAAUGCUCCUGCAGUAGGUCAAUGCCUUCGAUUCGGAAUUUUUCAUCAGAAGCCACACUACUUGACACGUCUUAAAACUAUUGCCCGUAAUCUUUAAGGUGCUUAUUAUUAAAGAUGUUUUGCCAUAUUUAAAAUCAAUAUCAGCUUUUGAUUCAAACCAAAGUUUGUUUAUUGUAGGGAUUUUACGAUAUAAAACAAAUCUAUUUUAAGUCUUAACAGAGCUCUUAUCAAAAUCAUCUAAAUCAGCAAUCUUUUCCUUCCUAUUUCUUGUUUUUCCUGGAGUCACAUUUUUGAAAAUGGAGCUGCUGCUACAUUACUCUCUCGAGUGAUUUGGGUAACGGUGUGUUACGGGAAAUGCUUAAAACAAAAUAAUGCAUCACAUUAUUUUAAUAUGGAAUGAAAAGAAUGAAGAGAAAAGAAGAAGAACAAAGAAAUCGAGAAUAAUAUGGGAAUUUUAAUGCAUUGGUAGCCCCCAAAAUUACCUUAUACGAUAACAUAGGCCCAUUAUUGUCUCGUUCUUCUUCACAAGCACGUUUAAGCCGCACAAUGUCCCCGCCAGCCCUUUAAAUCGCUUUCGGCAUUUGCUAGCUGUUAUUUACUUAGAAAAUUAAUAAAAACACGGCGCACAAAAAUAGCGACACAAGAUUAGUUCCGAUUUUGGCCGCGCUAAGACUUAUCUUGCGCGCACUAUGCAUCACAACAACAGAAUGUUAAACAUAGUUUAAAUAUAUAUCCAUAGAUAAUACACUCUAAUAUUUGACCUACCUACAUACAUGUAGUUCUAACGCUUGCGUUUGAGCGUUAUAGACAACUUAACUAUAUAGAACGGUAAAAAGAAAAGUGCAUUGUCAAUUAUCAGUUUAACCGUCAUAUUUUUUCAAAUCAAGAUUUACAGUAGAAAUAUUUUUAAUGACGAUUUUUUGGACUAUAAAACUUCAGCUUUUUUUUUGAAUAACAUAUCUGUUUUGAACUAGAAUGCUAACAGUGGAUAAUUGAUACAUAAAUAAUAAAUAUAAUAUUUCGACAAUUAUAAGAAUCCUACAAUCAUACUUACUAAUAAUAAGUCAAAGUGUGUUUGUUUGUUUGUCUUUUUUUCAUAUUGAAACGAAGCAACGGAUUGAAAAGUUCUUUAUAAACUAUUAAUUUUAGGCCAGAGCCGUGACAUAAGUUUUUUCCUAAUUUAUUACUAAAAAAGUCAAACGCACGGGAAUUACACUGACAAUUUUCUUUGACCACGCGAGCGAAGCCGCGGAUGACAGCUAGUAGUAUAAUUAGUAUAGGUAUUAACGAAUGUGAAUAAUUUAACCUGCGUUUGUUAUGAAUAUACGUGCAAUUACAUUAAAACGAAAAUAAUUAAAAAAAAACACGUGCGGCACUCGGGAACUGCCGCGGUAAAGCUAUUGCAUAGCAUUUUUAUCAACUUAUGCAAUUAUAAUUUAACAAUAAUAAUUUAAUAUUAAAACAAUAAUAAAAUAAGAUAUAUAAGAUAGAAACUAUAUAAUAAGAUAUAUAACUAUAUUUAUAAACAUUAACUGUCCCCUUCACACUCAUAAGAUAGACCGCGCGAGAUAGAGACAGGCAAACUUUUCACGAUGCGCAUGCAGUGCGACGUCACGCGGCGCGUUUGUUCACAAACACUACACAAGCGCAACGUGUGAAUGUGUUGAACGCGAGCUACAUGGUAGGCGGAGUGGGGGUGUUAGGUUUUAUUUUCGUUACGGAAUUUCUUGAUACAGUCUACACGCUCAAAACCCGCGAUAAAAGUUAUGCAAUAGCCUAAAAAUGCUUCGAUAAUCAUCAUCUUUAGGAAACAAUAUAUAACCUACCGUCAUAGAAGAUUGACAUAUUUGAUCAAACAUUUUAAUAUGAAUGACUGUAUUGUAAUAAAUGUGAUUUCUAAUUGUAAGUGUGUGCUAGUCCAAAUCGGUGUACCUGUAAACGAAAGCACUGACCAUUUCGAAUUACAUGCAACUUUGUAUUUUUAGAUGAUAUUGUAUUUGUAUGUUUUGUGGUAAUUAAAACGUAGUAAUGAAACAAAA